AUGAUUUCUCCAGCACUUGUCUUUUUCUCAAGUCUUCUUUGCCAUGUUGUUAUUGCAGGACGGACCUGUCCCAAGCCAGAUGACUUACCUUUUGCCGUAGUUGUUCCAUUAAAAUCAUUCUAUGACCCAGGAGAGCAGAUUACAUACUCCUGCCAGCCCGGUUAUGUGUCCCGGGGAGGGAUGAGACGGUUUACAUGCCCCCUCACCGGCAUGUGGCCCAUCAACACUCUGAAAUGUCUACCUAGAGUGUGUCCUUUUGCUGGAAUCUUAGAAAACGGAGCUGUGCGUUACACAACCUUUGAAUAUCCCAACAUGAUCAGCUUUGCUUGUAACCCUGGGUUUUAUCUGAAUGGAACUGAUUCUGCCCGAUGCACUGAGGAAGGAAGAUGGAGCCACGAGAUUCCUGUUUGUGCUCCUAUAACCUGUCCUCCACCAAUCGUACCUAAAUUCGCAAAACUUAGAGACUAUAAGCCAUCGGUUGGAAACCACUCUCUCUAUCGGGACACCGCAGUCUUCCAAUGCUUGCCACACCAUGCCAUGUUUGGAAAUGACACCAUUACCUGUACAACACAUGGAAAUUGGACUGUACUACCAGAAUGCAGGGAAGUAAAGUGUCCAUUUCCAUCAAGACCAGACAAUGGAUUUGUGAAGUACCCUGCAAAUCCACAACUUUACUACAAGGAUAAAGCCAAUUAUGGUUGCCAUGACACAUUUGUUCUGGACGGACCAGAAGAAGUAGAAUGUGGCAAAUAUGGGAACUGGUCUGCUCAGCCAAGUUGUAAAGCAUCUUGUAAAUUAUCUGUUAAAAAAGCCACUGUGCUUUUCCAAGGAGAGAAAGUAAAGCUCCAAGAGAGAUUUAAGAAUGGAAUGCUGCAUGGUGAAAAAGUUUCCUUCUUCUGCAAAAAUAAGGAAAAGAAGUGUAGUUACACAGAGGAUGCUCAGUGUGUGGAUGGCACCAUUGAAAUCCCCAAAUGCUUCAAGGAGCACAGUUCUUUGGCUUUCUGGAAAACCGAUGCAUCGGAUGUAAAGCCAUGUGAAAGCGAUUCAAAGAGAAAGUAUAUGCGUCAAAUCGUGGCUAGUAAUGAAUUCUGGCUUUUAGAUGAAUCCUUAUUACAAAGGGUAGGGGGCAACUUACUGGACAUCUACAGCUUUGCUUCUGUGAAAGCUACAGAAAAGUUCCAUACAUGA